AUGGUUUUUGUGUCGGCUCAAGAGAUGUUGCAGGAUGACCCCCCAGACACUCAUGGGCCCUUGCCAGGGGAGAAGAUCUUCCUGGCAAAUGCUCUGACCCGCAUGCCACAUUAUGAAAGCAAGCAGGAAGAGGUGGGAAACACGGUGCCUCCUCCCCAGCAGCUGGGGCUGGGGUUAGUUACCUGGGGGCAAGCGAAAGAAAAGCAGCAGAAUUCGCCCUCUGAAUCAAAUUUGCUUCAGUCUGCAUUCUCCCAACUGCGCUACAAAUCCCAAGAACCUACCAUGCUGAAAACGAACUGGAAAUUGGUUUGUGCCCUCCUAGCUGCGUGCACAGCAACGGCUUUCCUCAUAGGCUGGAUAUUCCAAGGAAGACGAGAGAAGCCCCCUGUUUGUGAGACCCAACACCAGGAUCGGUGCUCAGGGAAGGUACGCCAAGAUGGACACGGCUCGGUCUUUGCUGACCUAACUCUGGAAGAGUUGUUGCAAGUCAAGAGGUACCUGUGGAACAACCUGGGUGUGCCUUUGGUGGAGCCCCCUCAAGCCAAGCCAUCAGACAAUUGCAUUUAUUCUGUCGGCCUUCAUCUUCCCCCCAAAGCGGAGGUGCUGGCAUUCUUGGACCACCAAGGCAGAAAACCCCCACGACAAGCUCUAGCUGUGGUCUAUUUUGGAAACCAAGAGGACCCAAAUGUCACGGAAUAUGUAGUGGGUCCUCUUCCAAAGCCAACAUAUCAUCAAGAUAUCACAAUUGAGAAGUAUGGAGGGAAGCUACCAUAUUACCGAAGAUUUUUUUUGAUCAGUGAGCGAGAAGAAAUAUCUAUUUUCUUCAUGCGUGAGGAAUAUCCUAGAGCUCCAAACUUUAUGCACCAGGUACUUGAUUAUAAUGGAAGAAACCUUAUGGUGCUCCCUGCUCUGCCACCAGGAUUUAAAUCGGGAGACAGAAAAGUCUGGAUGGGUCAUUUCCAGAAUGUAUCUGGUCCGUAUUUGCAUCCCGUUGGGUUGGAGCUGCAAGUGGAUGUUAGCAGCUUGGAUACUUCUGAGUGGCAAGUGUUGAAUGUGUUCUACAAUGGACAGUACUUUGAGGACAUGGAAGACCUUGAAAGACAGUUCAACGAGGGAAGAGUUCGAGUGGCCAAAGUGAAGAAGGCUCCUCUUGACGGGGGGUUCUCAUCGCUGAAACCAAGAGUCCCACCAGGGUGGCCAGGCCCUUUGCAAUACGAGCCCCGCGGUCCCCGCUACUGCGUCAGGCACAACCAGGUCACCUUCAUGUCUUGGAGUUUUGCCUUUGGAAUGGAAGUAAACAGAGGACCACGGAUCUUUGAUGUUAGGUUUGACGGUGAGAGGAUAGCCUAUGAGUUAAGCUUGCAAGAUGCUGCUGCCCUCUAUGGGUCCAAUUGUCCAGGGACAAUGACUACCCGGUACAUGGACCUAAGUUUUGCCCUUGGGAGAGAUGCUGCCACCCUUACUCAGGGAGUGGAUUGUCCUUACUUAGCUACGUAUUUGGAUGCGCACUACCUACUGGAUUCUUCGUUACCUGUCACUCGCAAAAACUCUAUUUGCAUCUUUGAACAAAAUGCUGCGAUUCCAAUACGGCGCCAUUAUGACCAGUCGGACCCUAAAUUUUACGGAGGGCUGGUUGAUUCCGUUCUGGUCUUCAGGGCCAUUUCUACAAUGGUGAACUAUGACUAUGUCUGGGAUUUUGUGUUUCAUCAAAAUGGAGCUGUUGGUGUAAAAGUACACGCUACUGGAUAUAUUAUGUCUUCAUUCUUCUUCGGUGAUGGCGCAGAUUUUGGGAACAGAGUCCAGGAAUUUACACUGGGAACAAUGCACACUCACAAUAUUCAUUACAAAGCGGACUUGGACAUUGGUGGUAAGUGUUGUUUUCUGUUUUUUUGAAGAAA